AAAAUCACCAUUUCUGAGGGGGGGGGCCUUAAUUGUAUAUCGUCGCUUUGAUAAUAUGAAUGAAAAUAAUCUAACAUUUCUUGUUUUGAUGCUGUAUCACCGGUUUGCAUAUUUAUUAAUAUAUCACGUAAUAAUUUAUACCAUAAAUAAUUCACAGAUUCAUAUUCUAAAUCACGUACGUAUUGCUUUAUUUUGUUGAUUAAAUAUUUUAAAAAUAGUCGAUCGUUUGGAUAUUAAACGUAUUUGUUUACGUAUUGCAUGAAAUAAUUAUUCAUAUUCUAUAUAAACACUACUAAUUUUGAAUAUUCUUUCUGAUUUUGAUACACUUGUUUAUUUAUACAAAUGAUAUAAAACGAAUCGGGUUUUUCGUUAUCAUGAAAUAAUCGUAAAAUUUCUUCUGAAUAUUGAUCGGAUAUAAUAAGAAAAUUAUUUUAAUCAGCAAAAUUAGUCAUAGAAUCAGUUAGUUCGGCUAUAUUAAAACUUUGAAGACAAUCAUCAUGUAAUUGUUCAAAUGGAUUUUUUUAUAUUUUAAUCAAUAUUACAAUCAUUUAUUAAACUAUAUUAAGCUUAUAUCGUCAUUUUUAUGUACGGACAAAACAUUUAAUGUUAAGUUAAUACCAGAUUGCUUUAAUGAGCGUUGAUUCGACAGUUUUCCUCAAGAAUGAUUCACUUGAAGAAAGGAUAUUAUUACUCUAACUGUUUUCGUCUACUUUUAACUAUGAGUUAGAAAACUAUGUGGAUGUUUUCUAUAAUCCUUAUUGCGAUUAAUUCACUUAUGUCCUUAUGAACGUAACAGAAAAAGGAAGAAAUUUCUGCCAUUCAUAAUUGUGGAUUCUUCAAAAAAGAAAAAAGAAAACUAAAGAAAAAUAUUAUAACAUACAAUACUUUUUUAUUUUGUUGUGUGCUACGAAGAAAAAAUGUUUUAUUUCAUUUCUUUCGAAUACAGUGUUUUGUUAUCACUAUUUUUUAGAUAUUCUUCACACUGUAUCCAAAACAGAGAUCAGCACGAGCCAGGCUAGAAAUGUUUAUAGAGUGAUCGCAUUUUUUAAUCAUGCGUGUGUUUGUAAUUUAGGUAUGCAUUGAAAAAUGUCGAAGGAAUGGAUAAUGAUGAACUUGAUCAGAAAGGUAAACUAAAAAGUUGCGGUUUUCGCUGUUCAAAAGAAAAUGUUGGGGCUACAAGAAAAACUAAAAAGUUUUGUCCCAAAAUUACCUGCAGGUGGUGUACCUUGCGAAGAUAUUUUGCGAAAGAUGUCACACCACUGAAAAAGUUUCGAAUUUUAACUUUUGAGACGACAGACAGGUAGCCCGGACUGAGAUAUUCGUUUCUAGAGCAGUCCCAGGUCGUUAGCUUACAAGGUUCCGGAGCUAGAAAGGUUCUCCGGAGACCACGCUAAUUCGGUCUGGACACGUCGGAAGAUCUCGGA